AUGAAGGCAAACAUCCCAAACUAUUUCACAAUACACGGUCUUUGGCCACAAUCUUGUGCUGAAAAGCCAGCGGAUCAUUUUAAGAGAAGUUCGAUUGAUACAUUGCAAGAUGGAUUUAACUAUUAUCGGUCAAGUCUAAAAUCAGAAAAAACGAAUAUGGAGUUAUGGAUUGAAAAAUGGGAAAAACAUGGAACGUGUAGCCUUAAAAAGUUUAAUCAAUCUGAAUAUUUUAAACAGGCUAUAUUUAUUACAGAAUUUUUGGAUAUUCUAGUUGUAUUUAAGAAUGUUGGAAUAAUACCUCAUAGAACUAAAACUUAUAGUCGCAUUGACAUUGUUAAUGCAAUAAAAAAGACUAAGACUCAUCAAGUUGAACCCGAACUUAUUUGCUUCCAAGAUCGGAGUGAAGUGUUAUUGCGGGAGAUUCGUGUGUACCUGGAUGCUAACUUAGCCGAAUAUAUUUCAUGUCCUGUUAAUAGAUCCAAAGGUGUUAUUUUAUGCAAAACAAAGUCUAAUGCUAUUAAAAUACCUGUGUAA